AGAUACGCCUUUGCAGUACUCCUCGACGUUCUCGUCCGUCGCUUUGUAUAUUGGACUGUAAAGAUGGCUUCAGAAGAGCCGCUGUUCGAUCCCUCGUUAAAGAAGAAAAAGCCUAAGAAGAAGACUGUCGCGUUCUCUGAGGAUCCGUUAGGCGCAGAUGCUGAUCCUACGACGCCGGCACCAGAUGUGAUCGAGGACCGCACCGUGGACGGGGAGUCCGUAGACAUGGGGUCGAAGACGAUGCAUGAGCAGCUGAAGCAGAAUGACGCCUCUGCCGACGGCGAGGAAGAGGAUCCGAGCGCUAUGUUCGGUGAUUUGAAGAAGAAGAAGAAAAAGAAGAAGGAGAUCCCUCUCGACCUCGACGGGGAUGAGGGGUCUGGCACGUCUACACCGAUUACCACCGCUCCCGCCGCCACAGAAGACUUGGAUUUCUCAGACCUCAAGAAGAAAAAGAAAUCCUCGAAGAAGAAGGCUGCCUUUGACCUUGAUGCAUUCGAGAAGGAACUGCAGGCUGAAUCGAAGAAGGAGGACGGCGAUGAGGAGGCGGAGCAAGAUGGAGAACAUCUACUUAACGUCGAUGAAUCUGAAUUGGGCGAGAAUGUCUUCGCCAAUACUACAGAGGCCCCGACAGGGUUAGACGCUGGAAAUGAAGCGUGGCUGAAGAGUGAUCGGGACUACACGUAUCAAGAACUGCUCCAACGUUUCUACGCCUCUCUUCACGCAUCUAACCCAGCCCUUCUCACAUCCACUGGCAAGCGAUACGUUAUUGUGCCGCCAUCGCUGGCACGUGAAGGCAACAAGAAGACGAUUUUCACUAACAUCACUGACAUCUGCCGGCGUAUGCAUCGACAGCCGGAGCACGUCAUCCAGUUCCUGUUCUCCGAAAUGGGUACCACUGGGUCCGUGGACGGGCAAGGUCGGCUCGUCAUUAAAGGUCGUUUCCAGCAAAAACAGCUGGAGAACGUCUUGCGUCGAUACAUCGUGGAGUACGUCACAUGCAAGACAUGCAAGUCUUUCGAUACGCUGUUGACGAAGGAGAACCGUAUCUUCUUUAUGACCUGCGAGUCAUGUGGGUCAAGACGGUCUGUCAACCCUAUCAAAACCGGUUUCCAGGCCCAGGUCGGCAAGAGAAGCAAGACGAAGGCUGCGCAAUAGUUUGUCAUCAGUGUACCAUGUAUUGCAUGUACUACCAUACCGUGAAUUCAGGAUGCACGAAGUCCCGU